AUGACUUUGACGGAAUAUAAUUGGAUAUGGUAUUGGUAUAUUUUGUUUGUAAUGACUAGCACUGGAUAUGGUAUUGAAUGUACAAUUCCACGUCAUUAUUUUGAAUUUGUUACCAUAGAAACAAUUUCAGAAAGACUUGGAGACAACAAUGUUCUCUCAGAUAUAGUCGGAGUCCUUCAUGCUCUUGGACAUGAAGAACACAUUUAUAUGCAAGUAAAACCUACAAAAAUUAUCAAACUUGAAUUGAGGCUACAUGAGAAUAAAAUUGUUAAGUUCAUGUUAUGGAAAAAAACAGCUAUUGAAUUUGAAAAUUUGAUGACAACCCAACUAGAAAAAACCACUAUUGUUGCAAUCACCUCUACAACAGUGAAGAUGUUUAGAGUUUCAGCAACUAUAAAUGAAAUUGAUGAUACAUUUGGGUGGCAUUACAUUGGAUGUGAAAAAUGUAUGAAGAAACUUAAACAAGAAGGCCAUGAAUUGAAAUGUCCUUCGUGUGAAACACCUUCCAAGUUCAAGAUAAUGUUCAAAGUGUAUGAUGAAACUGCUAAAGCGACUUUAACAUUGUUUGAUCAAGAGGCACAAAAGUUACUCAAUACAACGGCUCAAAUGCUCUUGCAACAACAUGCUAACACGUCUACACCAUCAAUACUACAGAAUCUCUGUCAUCGUACUCUUAUUUUUGAAAUAAAGUUGUCUGCAAAAAAUUUAAAAGAAGGGUCACAGAUCUGCACAGUAUCACGAACUUUUGUACCAACUGCUAUUCUAGAAGACCCAAUUCUAAAAACACCUAUUAAACAGGAGUCCAUAUCACGACCAACGAUUCAAAAUAAAGAAGAUCCCCAAGAAGAAGAAGAAGAAGAAGAAGAAGGGCAUGGAAGAGGAAAUGAUGGUGCCAACAUCAAUGGUAAACCAUAUAAGAAAAAAAAAACAAUUACUCGCAGUGCUAAACGAAGGCUAAUCCUAACAUCAUCAGAUGAUGAAGCACAUAUCAAAGGGAAUUCAAAAAAAUUUUUAUAA